GUUAUAUCUCUACGCCUCUCCUGGAGAAAAUUUCUUCGAAACUCCCAUCUGCAUUACUGACUUAACUUUAUUUCAGACUUAUCGAGAGUUUUAAAGUAACUUUCAAAAAAUUCGCAGCAAGAAUACUUGAAAUAUUGAAAUGUGUGGGUGUGAUUGAAGGUGUGCGGAUUAAUAUUUGUUUGACAGUAUUAGUCUUCAAACAUAGUUCCCUCCAAGACUAGAGAACAAGAGAAUCUCUCACGUAGGGAGAGUUAAGUGCAAAAAUUAGAGGAUAUUUCGAUCUGUUAACCAUGGUGAAUUCCCUAGACUUACACUAGCCCAAAUGGAUGUAUUUACUUCAUUUUGGAUCAACAAAUUUGUCUGUAUACGGACCCAAGGGCUAAUGUUUUGACAAGCACUGGCGGAAUUCGCUUUAUUAAACAAGUUAGACACCACUGUCUGUAUGCGUGAAUGGCUGUCAUACGAAAUUUUUCUUAAGUGUCUUGUCUUUCAUAUUGUCAUUAUGAGUAACCUGCCAAAACAACAUGGACCAGGGGAGGAUCAGAGCAGGCGAGGGGCCAAGUCAGGGGUUCGAAUGAGACCAUCAAGUCAAAGUAAUUCCAGUGUUUUGAUGGUAGGGCCCAACUUUAGAGUGGGCAAAAAAAUCGGAUGUGGUAACUUCGGAGAACUCCGGCUUGGUAAAAAUCUUUAUAAUAAUGAACAUGUUGCAAUUAAGCUGGAACCAAUGAAAUCCAGAGCUCCACAAUUACAUUUGGAAUAUAGGUUUUACAAACAGCUUGGUCAAGCAGAAGGCAUACCUCAAGUGUAUUAUUUUGGCCCUUGUGGAAGGUACAAUGCCCUUGUGUUGGAGUUACUCGGGCCAAGUUUAGAGGACUUAUUUGAUAUGUGUGACCGGCGAUUCACUUUAAAAACUGUCCUUAUGAUUGGUAUACAGCUCAUUAAUCGUGUAGAAUAUGUUCAUUCCAAACAUCUAAUAUACAGAGAUGUUAAGCCAGAGAAUUUUCUAAUUGGAAGACAGUCAACAAAGAAGCAAAAUAUCAUACAUAUUAUAGACUUUGGUCUAGCAAAGGAAUACGUUGAUGCUGAAACACAUAAACACAUACCCUAUCGAGACCAUAAAAGUUUAACAGGAACAGCUCGCUAUAUGAGCAUAAAUACACAUUUGGGAAAAGAACAAAGUCGGAGGGACGACUUAGAAGCAUUAGGUCAUAUGUUUAUGUACUUUUUAAGGGGCAGCCUGCCUUGGCAAGGACUUAAAGCAGAAACAUUGAAAGAACGAUACCAAAGAAUUGGAGAUACAAAGCGAGCAACGUCUAUUGAAAUUUUAUGUGAAAAUUUUCCAGAAGAGCUAGCAACAUACCUACGUUAUGUACGCCGUCUAGACUUUUUCGAAACUCCAGAUUAUGAAUACUUGCGGAAAUUGUUCACAGAUCUCAUGAACAGAAUGAACAUUAAAUGUGAUUGGGAAUUUGAUUGGACUGGCCGACAGUUGGUAAACAGAACAAACGCCCGCCAAACAGAUGUUAAGUCUACUCCAGUUGAACCAGGUCACCCACAAACUGGAGUCACAGCACAAACAAAUCGAGAUAUGGGACCGAGUCGAGACAGACAUACUUCUGCACCUAAUAAGGUGGAUGCAAAAGUUGUCAACAAAUGAAGCUCAUCACCUGUUUUUGAUUCCGGUUGGAAGUUCUUCACUUAAAUUGGUUUUCUAUAUAAAUAUGGGAAUCCAUCCCUAAACAUGAAACUUUUA